AUGAUUGAAAAUAAUGAUACAUCAAAUGAUUCAAUUUUAUAUGAAGUUAUAGAGUACCUUAUUCGAAAACAAGAACCAGAAAUAACAAAAUAUAAAAAUGACUCUGUUAUCUUACCAACACCAGGAAAUAUAAAAAAUGCAUUGCGAUAUCUUAAUAACAGAUAUUCUUUACCUGAAAGUAUUUCACAACAAAUCAGUUAUACAUUACCAUGGAAAUUUGCAAUAGGAAAUAAAGGGAACAUCCUUGCUAUUGUUCAAGAGAAUAUUAUUGAAAUUAGGAAAUCAAAGGAUGAAUAUUCAUCUAUUUUUGGAAAAGCAUCUGUGCCCAAAGAUGCAUUUCCACAAUGGCGAAAACUUGCAUGGAGCCCAGAUGGUUUGAUUUUGGUUUUAGCUUCUAGUAAUGGAUAUUUAUCAUUUUAUAAUUCAUUUGGAAAUAACAUUUUCAAUAUUAACCCAAAAUCAGUCUCCCAAAAUCCUCAAAUAUUAGAAGCAGGAGAUGCUAUAGCAUCAAUAAUAUUUAAACAACCAAAUGUUAAAAUUGAAAAUUGUGAUUAUGAAUUUAUUAGAAUUACUUAUAGUGGUUUACUUAAAUCAUAUUAUAUUUGCGGUAAUGAAUUUAGUGAAAAUCAUGAAUUUUCAUUUGGCAAUUUUUACAGAAAUGGUGUAAAUUGUGUAGCAUAUAGUAAUAAACAUAAUAUGUUUUUUGUUGCUGGUAACAGUGUUAGCCAGAAUUUAACUUGUACAGCUUCACAAAUAGGUUUGACAUGUUGGAGAACAUUGAUUGAUCAUCCAUAUUACAAAUUAUCUAUUUCCAUGCAAGAUUAUGAAAUUUAUAAAUCUCCUUUCUCGAUUUGGAAUUUUAUUCCAAUAAUUAAAAAUAGAUCGCAAUCAGUAAUAUUUAAAACUAGUAUUUCUCCAAACAAUUGUCUUAUAUCAUGCCUUCAUACGGAUGGUACAAUCUCUAUUUGGAGUUUACCAACAUUAAAAUUGCAAAAGCAAUGGAAGCUUUUAGAACAGUCAAAUUAUAAUGCAAAAAGCCCUUUAAAAAUGACUAAAUGUAAAAAGUCCUUAAAUGAUGUGACAGAAUUUCAACCUUUAGAUAUUGGAUGGUGGUCAGACAAUACUAUAAUAAUUGCAAGAUAUUCAGGUUCUGUUUCUGUAUGCUCAAUUAAUAGCUUACAAAAUCUCCUAGGAACUAGUCCUGAAUUUUUAUAUAAUUAUCCUCAAAUAGCAGAACUUAGUCAAGAGAAAGGAUUUUUAUGUUUAGACUGUGAAAUUUUUGUAACUAGUACUAAAAGAAGCAGAGAAUCAAAUAAUGAAGAGUAUGCAUCAGAAUUAUCAUCUGAUAGUGAAAAAGAUGAAGAUGAAUCUAAGCCUGUUACAAUUUUAAGUUACACUACAAAUUUAAUGCAAAGUGUUUUAUAUUCAAUAACAGAUAUUGAAAAUUUUCAACCAAAAAGAAAAAAAUCUAAAGUAUGUCAUCGAACAUAUAGACUUUUAGGGUUGAAAAGUACAACGCCAGAAGAACUUUAUUCUCGUAAAAUUGAAAUAGAGGAAUAUGAAGAAGCAUUAGCUUUAGCAACAAAUUAUAAUUUGGAUCCAGAUUUAGUUUAUCAAACACAAUGGAGAAAAUCUGAAUUUUCUAUUAAUGCCAUACAAAAAUUUUUAAGCAAAGUUACUAAAAGAUCAUGGGUUCUAAAUGAAUGUAUAUCAAGAGUUCCUGAAAAUUUAGAAGCCACCAGGGAAUUAAUAAACUUUGGACUUCGUGGUGCUAAUUUAGAAACAUUAAUUUCAAUAGGUAUAAAAGAUGAUGGAAAAUUUGUUUCUACAGAGAUAAAUAAUGACGUAGAUAAUCAUUUAAGUAAUUUGGAAUCAAAUCAGAUGCAAAAAAAUAAUGAAACACUUAAUGCUAUUACUAUGGAUAAAUUAAAUGAAUCGCAAAAAGAACUAAUUAAAUAUAGAAUGCAACUUCUCAAUCAUUUAGAUAAAUUAAAAACUUAUGAAAUUCUUUUGGGAUCAACAAACAAAUUCGAUAAGAAAUUUUAUGAAGAAUUUCGACAACUAUCACCUGUUGAAAAUGCAAUCAGAUUUGCUAAAAAAAAUAAUUGUCAAGGAGUAGAAAUUAUGUUUACAUAUUAUGGAAUCAAAUUAAUACCUCAUUGGUUAGCAAUAAUUAGUUUUUUUCCUGAAACAUUAAAUCCUGAAAAAUAUCAAAAACUUCUACCUGAAUGUGAUAUUGAAGGACGCUUAUUUUUACUAUAUCAAGAAGAAUUACGUCAAAAAGACUGGGUUGAAAGAAGUACAUUUUGCAAUAUUAUUUUAGAUAACAAUGAUGAUGUAGAAUUUAUAUAUGAAAGUAGAAGAUCUUUAGCAAUAUACAGAAAUAAAGAACUCACUCAAGCAGUGCUACAAAAAUGGUAUAAAACUCGAGCUUAUGAAAUUGAACGUGAUUGUUGUUUAGUAGAUAAUGCGUUAAUUUUAAUAAAUAUCGGCAAGUCUCAUAAUAUUACUGGUUUAGAAGAUCUGUUAUUAGAGUUGGAAACGUUAGCUGAUCUUGUGUAUAAAGUUAAUUUGGAAGAUUUAUCACUAACAGAGGUAGAGAAAUUAAAUGAUUUAGAAAAAGUUAAGUUGUUGAUGACAAAAUGUAAUGAAAAGAAUUUUGUUCUUAAUAUAAAAACUAUGUUAUUACCAUAUUCAAGAAGAAGGAAACGAUAUUUGGAUGAUACAUUGAAAAAAGAUUUACUGUGUGAAUAUUUAGUAUUUCUAAGUACAACCGAUCUUACACUUCCAAUUAAAUUUUUUGAAUACUUAAAAUCUUCUUAUGACUUCGAAAUACUUGACUCAAUAGAAAAUAUAAAUGAAUUAGCUAUUGAUUGUAUCUAUGCAUGUACUGACGUAGAAAUGUAUACAAAAGCGAAAGUUAUUUUUGAUGAUACAGUAAUUCAUCUAAAUGGAAGGAAAGACAGUAGUAAAAAAUAUGAUGAACUAGAGAAAGAAUUAAAAUGUUUGCAUACAUUAAAUCAAUAUCAAAUUAAAAUUCCCUUAUAUCGCAUUGUAGAAAGUAAACAAAAUUUUUCAGAUGCUAAAGCACUUUUUAUUCAAAUGGCAGAUAAUUUAAUAAAGAUACCCUCUUUACAAAAUGACAAAGAUUGGUCUCAAAUACUGAAUGACAUGAUUUAUCUUAAAGAGCAAAUUUUUUCGUGUUUAGAUAUUGAAACUUGUUUUGAAAUAACAAUGAUAAUGAGAUUAAAAUCUGGAUCAAAAACUGUUAUUCAAGGAUGUACUAGUUUAAUAGAAAUGAAAAAAACUGAAGGAACCCAUUUAAAAGUCUCUUAUGAAAAAGCAACUGAAUUAGUUUUGCAAGCAAGUAACGAGUACUUUAAUAAUUCAAAAAGCCUUAGAGAUCCAUAUAUGAAUUUAGCAAAAGACUGUCUUGAUUUAAUAACUGAAGAUAAUGAACGAGUUAAAGAUGAAUAUGAUUUAAUACAAGCAUUAGAAAUUUUAAAUGAAUUUCAAAUCAACGUAUUACCAUUGCAAGUUAGAAUGACACAUGAAAGGCUGAAAUUUAUUGAAGAUUGUUUAAAUAGUCGACAUGAUAGUUAUAAAAAUAUACAAAAAUUAAUAAAUUUAGCAAAGUAUUUGAGAAUUGAACCAAAAAAUAUUCACUUAAGAGAAGGAAAAAUUUUAAACUUGAUAGCAAAAAAAGCAUUUGAUAUAAAAGAUUAUAACUUCUGUUCUUCAAUAAUUAAAAAUAUGAUGGUAUGCAAUUACUAUUUGUCAUGGAAUAUAGCUCUAGAUUUGGCUUACUGUAACGAAUAUGACGAUUUAAAAUUUCGAUAUAAUUGUAUAUGGUUUGCCAUUAAUAAUGGUCCAAGUGAAAUUAUAGAAAAUUUAAUGAAGUACGCUAAUUUACUGCAGAUUCAAAUUUUAAAUUCUGAUUUAGAAAACUGUUUGUCAACUCAAAAUGAAAAUUCAGAUGUACACAAUUUGAAUAAAGAUUUUAAUGAUGAACUCCAAGUAGAAAACAACGAAUUGGUUCCAAAAAUCGUACAAACAUCAACAAAUUUAGUAAAAAGUUCAGCACAAAUAGUAAAGCAAUCAACUUUUGAUUUAAUAAAAAAUGCUGGAAAUAAAAAUUUUUGGAAAUCAAAAUUAAAUUUCACUUUUAUGGACAAUUUUCAAAAAAACGUUGCAGAAGAUGAAAUAAUAGAAAUGGAAAGAGAAAAUCAAUUACAAAAAUUUCCUUGUUUUUAUGAGACUCUACAUGAAAAUUGUGGAAUAAGUAAUCUUGACACAAAAUAUUCUAAAUAUUUUAAAAAUGAUGAUAAUUCUAAAUUAAAACUAUGUCAAAUUUUAUUACGAAUUUCAUUAUUAAGUGAAACUGCAUCAUAUGGUACAGAAAUUAGUAACAUUAAUCAUUUACUCCAUGAAUGUGUAGAAUAUACCAUUACAGAAGAUUGUAUGUUGGGACUUAGUUAUUUAUUAAAUUUAGAUGACGAUUUUUUAAUAAACAAUAAGAAUAUUUCUGAAAGUUUUCCACAAAUUGAAUUAUAUUAUCAAAUGUUGGCCUAUUUUUAUUCAAUCAAACUUUAUUCACGAAUAAAUUCUGAAAUUCAGAAAGCAUUAUUGUAUGAUCCUAUAGAAUUAAUUCAACAAAUGGCAACUAUUAAAAUUAUUAAUGAUACUGAUAAUUCAAAUCACAAAUUUAAACAACAAAUAAAUAUUAGUAAUAAUAAAUUAAAUAUUAAAGAAAAAUUAACAUUAGAAUAUAUUCAUGCUUCCGCAGAAGCAGAUGAAUGGAAUAAUUGGGGUGAUGAAUGGAUUGAAACAUGUGACUCAAUGAGCAAUACUAUUGAAACUAAUAACUGCCCUAAUUUUUUGCAUUUUACAAAUGACAAUUUAUCAAUUGAAAAAUUUUAUGAAACUUUUGAAGAAGAACUUUCAAAAAUACACAGUAUAGAUGAUUAUAGAAAAAUGAAACAAAUGUUAAUUCAGUGGUCAAACAUUAAUAAUGUUGAUUUUGAAAAUACAUAUAGUAAUUUAACUUCAAAAAUGAUAAUUAGAUUAAUUGAUAUAAGCAAAAAUAAUAAUAAUAAUAAUGAGAAAGUAUUAAAAAUAAUCAAGGAUUUAUUACAAGAAAAAUUAAUUUCUCAGAAGAUUUUUAUCCAGCUUCUUCAUGAGCAAAAGAAUAUUUUCUCUUGUGAACAAUAUAUUUAUUUGCAACUGUGUUCUAAAGAAUUAUCAUUACAACAGGAAGCAAUUGAUUAUAUUAAAAAAAAUUAUAAAACACUAGAUUUAAAUACAGAAAUUUUACAAGAGAUUUUUUUUAAUAAUCUCACAUGUUUAUUCAAUGUCAGUCAUGAUUUGUAUUAUAGAAUACUGGAAGAAGUUUUUGUAAAUUGUAGUCUACCGGAAAUUGAAAAUAAUAUAAAAUUAUUGAUAGAAAAUUUAGUUAAACAAAAAAAUAUACCACAUGCAAUAGUACUAUUGAAUCAGCUAGAAGAUAUACCACCAUCGUUAAGCACUUAUGAAAACUGCAUCAAUAUUUUAUUACGAAAAUGAAAGUAUGAUCGUUAAAAUCAUAAAAUAAUGAGAGAAUUGCAAAAUAACUUUAAAAAGAUAUAAUCAAUUUUUCAGUUGUUAUGUUUGUCUUUUGUUUAUA